AUGAGUAGUAGUAGUAGUAGUAGUAGUAUUAGUAGUAAUACCCCUAAAUACCCAGAUUUAUAUGGAUAUGAACCAAGCCAAGGUUUAUCAAUUGCAGCAAUUAUUUGUUUUUCUCUUACAACCUUAAUUCUAACAUUUUUAUCAAUUAAAUACAAGAAAUGGUACUUUUUAGUGGCCUGUGUUGCUGGUGCAGUGCAAACAAUAGGUUAUGGUAUUCGUAUUACCAGUGCUGAAAAUCCACACGAACUUGGUAUAUAUAUUGCAACUACUUUAUUAAUUUUAUUACCACCCACUGCAUUCGCCGCAGUAUUUUUAUUUGCUCAACUUGGUAAAAUUAUGAAAAGAACUGGUAUUAAACAUCCAAUUUUCAGACCAAAUGUAGUUAAGUUUUUAUUUUUAGGUAUCGAUAUUUUCUCAAUUAUUGUUCAAUCUGCUGGUGGUGCCCUUUUAGCACAAACAGCUGACAAUCCUAAGCUUGAUAAGCCUGCUAAAGGUGUUAUGUUAACUGGCUUAUGUAUUGCUUUAGCUUCAUUUUCAUUGUUUUUCUUUUUAAUCAUUUAUUUACAUAUCCAAGUCCUCAAAGUUCAAGAAGAUGAUAAAAAAUGGAGAAUUAUAUUUUUUGGUUUAUACCCAAGCGGUAUUCUCAUUAUUUUAAGAAGUAUUUAUCGUGUUGCUGAAUAUGCAGGUGGCUAUCAUUCAGCAGUUAUGUUAAAUGAACCAUUAUUCUAUGGUUUGGAUGCAUUACCAAUGUUUUUAUUAAUGUGUAUUUGGAUUCCAUUCCACCCUGCUUUUGUCAAUCUCAGUAAAAAAGGUUCUAAAGAUAAAGAAAACAAAGACAACAAUAAUAUUGAAUCAAGAGGUGGUGUAGAAUUAGAAUAAAAAUAAUAAUAAUCAAUUUAUAUUAUAUAAUAUGUAUUAAAAAAAAAAAAAAAAGAAAUAUAAAAAAAAUAUAAAAAAAAAUAAAGUUUUUUUUAAUGAACAGUUUUUUUUUUACAAAGAAUUCCUCAAACUAUUAAUAGUUAUUAUUUUUAAAUUUAUUUUUAUUUUCAAU